AAGGAUAGUACGAAGAAAGAAGCACAUGGCAUUAGGUAGGCACAUUUGCUCAUCAAUCACUACUCAGUACUGCUCGGUACUGACCUCUUCUAAAGCUUACUUGACUAUGUCUUCUUAACUAACACCAAACCUCAAUGACCCAGUCUGCCCUUUGUUACUUCACCCUCCCAAGCUACCUCUAUAUAAUAGAGACACUAGUUCAUUCUCACUCCAUAAACCAAGAGACUAGAGUCCAGUAUAUCCAAGAUGGCCAUGAAGUACUUGGCUCUACUUUCGCUAUUGCUCAACCUCGCAGUUUUGUUUUCAAUUGUGCCGAAGACCACGAGUGAAGGAGGAGGAUAUGGUGAUGAUUGUGGUGACCAAUCAGGGAAUGAUGUGUCCAAUCUCUGCUCCGCGGCAGAGGCUAUAAUAUUUUCUCGGGUCCAAGAGGCGGUGUUGGACGACUCCAGAAUGGCAGCCUCUCUGCUUCGCCUCCAUUUCCACGACUGCUUUGUCAAUGGGUGCGAUGCUUCAGUGUUACUAGAUGAUAGUGCCAACUUUGUAGGUGAAAAAACAGCAGCACCUAACUUGAAUUCUCUGAGGGGUUUUGAUGUCAUUGAUGCUAUCAAAUCAGACCUUGAAUCCGUUUGCCCCGAAACAGUUUCCUGUGCCGACAUUCUUGCUACUGCUGCCAGAGACUCUGUUGUUCUGUCCGGCGGACCAAGCUGGGAUGUUCAAAUGGGAAGAAAGGACAGCUUCACUGCUAGCAAAUCAUUAGCAAAUAACAACAUACCAGGCCCAAAUUCCACUGUUGCAAACCUGGUUUCCAAGUUCCAGAAUGUAAACCUUAGUCUGAGGGACAUGGUUGUGCUCUCUGGUGCACACACUAUGGGGAGAGCCCGGUGUACCACAUUCCGCGGGCGCCUACAAGGCGCUACCACCUCGAAUGCCCCGGAUGCAUCCCUUGAGUUCGUUCAGUCCCUGCAGGAGCUGUGCUCCGGAUCAGACAGCAAUGCAACACUGGCCAAUCUUGACCUUGCAACCCCGGCAACAUUUGACAACCAGUACUAUGUUAACCUGCUUUCGGGACAGGGUUUGCUUCCUUCGGACCAGAAUCUGGUGACCGGAGAUGAUCAGACCCUUGAGCUUGUGGAAACCUAUGCAGAGGAUGUGGUUGCCUUCUUUGAGGACUUCAAAAACUCCAUGAUCAAAAUGGGAAGCUUGGGAGUGGGGACUGGGAUGAACGGGGAGAUUCGUAGGAAUUGUCGAGCUGUCAAUUGAUCUCUGAGCUCUACUGUGGUGAUCUAUUACUACUUACUAAU